AAUAUGUGACAAUGCCAUAAAACUAACUGUUAAACUCCACGUGCUCAUCUCAUAUUAUCACUCUUCUUUCCAACAAAUUAGACACUUUCAACUCUCAACUCAUACUGUGAAAGUCGAAGAGAGAGAGAAAGUAGUUUGCUCAAAUCAAUUGCUUUACCAAUUUCAAACCUUGGAAUUAUGUGCAAAUAUAUUAAUCUAAUCAUGCAAUGCAAGAUUGCAACUCUUAAAUUCAAGUUGUGAUGAUUGGUUGCUUCACGCCCAGAGCUUCCUGUCAGUUGAAUGGAGAAGCCUGUAAGUAUUUAGACCAGUUGGCUCUUUCAUUGAAAACUAAUGAUGCAGUUCUUAUUUCUUUUAUCCUUUCCCGAAUUUGCUGCUAUGUUGUCUCUCAGCAACUGACUAUGGAUAGAAUAGGGUGAUAGAAUGUUUGUAAAAACUUUAAACCCGGAUGCAUUUUGUACCCUGUUGAAAACUUUGAGCUGCAAGAAUAAUUUUAGUACCAUGGAUGAUAAUGGGCUGAGGGAGCUUCAGUCUGAAUUAACUCAGUUUUGCUCAAAUUAGCUUGGACCUGAGCUUGACUCAAGCUUGAAAUGCACAAUUGGCGACUUACCUCUGAGUGCACUCACAGCCUGAGUUGAGCUCAAGUAAGAAGGUGUGGCUAAGUUUAAUGUAUUUUGAAAAAGUUGGCCAAUGAGUAAAAAUAUACAUUUGUGUAUAUAUGUGCUGGUUGCACACCAUAUUUUCUAUACUAACUCUUUCAAUUUGGGUCCUCAAUGUCCUUUGAGCAGGAGAAUGGUUUAGCUUCUUCAUUCAAAUUUAAUGACCGGCCAACUAGUGAUGUUGUUGUUAGGCUGCGGACUCCUGAAGGUCGUGACGAAUGGCUAUAUUGCCAUUCCUCCAUCCUUGUCAAGAAAAGUAAGUAUUUUGCUGAUCGUCUCUCUGACACUUGGCCAACAUGUCAGAUCCUUGAUGCACGCACCUGUGUUGAGGUUCAUUGCCAAGAAUCUGACUUUGACUACAAUAUCACUCUCCUACGUCUCCUCUAUGUUUCUGACAGCUUGAUUUCUGAAAGUUGGCAUGGGGUUCGAAACACCCUUGGCAUCCUUCGAGUGGCUGUUGAACUGGGAUGCCCUCAAAUUAUUACUUCUUCUGUAGAGUAUCUGGAAGCUGUCCCUUGGGAAGAGGCUGAGGAGGAAGAAAUUCUACAUACCAUACCGGCCAUUGGACCCACAGCUAACUCAAUUCUAGCCCGCCUUCAACCAGUAGAUCAUGGUGCCAUUUGGAGGAUAUUUACGUCAGCCAUUCGAUUUGCCACUUCAUCACCACCUCCAUCAUUGAAGGAUCUCAAAUCUUCGGCUCAAGAGCAGCUAGAGUACAUGCUUGCUGAGGAUGAUGACGCUCCACUUCUCACUUCAUGUGAUGAGCUGAAGUUAGAGGUGAGAGACUGUAUUAAAAGACUCUUAUUGAGAUUUAGUGCUCUUCUAGAAUCUUUAUUGAAUGAGCUUGAAGAAACAGUUUUUGAGGCUGAAAAGUUUGAGCUGCUACAAUCAUAUUUAUCGGAUCUAUCAUGGGCAUGUCAAAUAUCUUCAAAACUUGAAAUAAUGAGAGAUUUAGUGAUUUUUUGGCUAGAGGUUUCUGAUAUGAUUGUCAAGCUUAUUGAGAAAGCAAGUUCAAAAGUAGAAAUACUUGAGAUAAAGAUGAAGGUGGUCGAGGUAGCAACAAAAGUAUUAGAAGCAGUCGGGUAUGGAAAUGUUGUUUUGCCAACUGCAAAGAGGCUUCACAUGGUAAAGUUAUGGCUCCCCUUUGCAAGAGUUACAAAGCCUUUGAUCGACACUGCUCCAUCUGAUACUGAGGAGGAUAAUUUGAAGCCGAAAAUAGAUUGUGAGGUGUGGCAGACCUUAGAGUCUGCAUUUGUUUCGAUCAUACUUGCGUUGCCAUCUGUGGAUCAGUCGGAGAUUUUAACAGAAUGGUUGGAUAAUCAACAUAUUCAGUAUCCCGACUUAACUGAGGCAUUUGAGGUAUGGUGCUAUAGGUCUAAGGUUGCCAAAAAGAGACUGGCACCGUUUGCUGCAUCAUUAUUGUAGAAAUUGCAAUGUGUUUCAUCAAUACUAUGCUUAUCCAAAAUUAGCAUGCUAUGACUAGUAUGAUAGGUUGCUCUGACUAGUUCUUCUGACGAAUUUAUUUAUUUAUGUCCAUGCUUAGUUGCUUACAGUGGCUAAAUUUAGGUAGAAUUGGAUACUUCUGCCUGCAGAAGCUUGGGUUUAGUAACAGUCAGUGUAUGUCAUGAAAGAUAGUGACAGUGAUACUACUACUCCGACUGAUAGGAUGUUAGCAGUGGCAUUAGCAGUAGGAAGAAGAGUCGAGGGGGUUUCACCGGUAACGUUGAGGGAAAGGAAGGCCGGAGGAGGUGGUAAGAGUUAUUUAAUGUGUAAUUUGGAUCAACUGUAUUGCUCUAGUAAGUUAUUGUUGAAUAAACUUGUGAGUUGAACCAUUUUAGUUGAACCAUAGCAACUAGUAUUUGGGCCCGGACGAUGCUCCGGAUUGGUAUAUUGUUUCUUGUAAUUAAAUUUUUAAUACAUAUUAAUAUGUUGUA